GUUGAAAUAAAAAGAGGGAAUGAUGCAAUUUUUGAACUUAGUCCCAAAAGAAAUACUUGCCAUGGGGGCACAUUGGGAUUUUAAUAUUUAAUAAUGGUUUGUCUGUCCCUCAAUCUUUGCCAAAAACGGUGAAAAACUCAUGAAAGCUUAGGACUUUUCAGGUCGCCUUCUUCUAUCAAAGAGGACCCAGCUAUAAUUAUUUUUAUUAUUAUUUUCUCCCUUACCCUGCUUUGCUCAUGGAUCCCAAGGGCUCAAAGAAGCCGGAUGAGGCAUCCAACAAGAAGUUCUUGAGUCUCCCACGGCCACAAUCCAACAUGGGGGAGAACAAUAAAGGAGCAGCCGAAGUGAGGGAUUUCCAGAUUUCGAUCGCAGAAAAAGAAGAAAACAGCAAGAACAAGCAGUUGGCCCCAAAGAGAGCUUCCAACAAAGAUAGACACACCAAGGUGGAAGGCAGAGGAAGAAGAAUAAGGAUGCCUGCUCUAUGUGCGGCCAGAAUCUUUCAGUUGACCAGAGAAUUGGGUCACAAAUCUGAUGGAGAAACCAUACAGUGGCUCCUCCAGCAGGCGGAGCCGUCCAUAAUCGCGGCCACUGGAACCGGGACAAUACCGGCAUCUGCUUUAGCCGCAGCAGGAGGCUCUGUUUCACAAGAGGGGACCUCUCUAUCUGCAGGAUUACACCAAAAAAUGGAUGAAUUAGGGGGGUCCAAUAUAGGGCCAGGAAGUAGGACCAGCUGGGCAAUGGUUGGUGGGAAUUUGGGGAGACCCCAUGUGACCACAGGUCUAUGGCCUUCUUCUGUCAGUGGAUUUGGGUUUCAGUCAUCAUCAUCUUCUGGUCCAUCUGCACCAAGCUUAGCAACUGAGAGUUCAAACUACCUCCAAAAGAUUGGGUUCCCUGGCUUUGACUUGCCUGCAGCAGCAGCCACUAACAUGGGUCCUAUGAGUUUUGCCUCAAUUUUGGGUGGGACUAGUAACCAGCAGAUUCCUGGUUUGGAGCUGGGGCUGUCUCAAGAUGGUCAUAUAGGGAUUUUGAACCCACAAGCCUUGAGCCAGAUUUACCAGCAGAUGGGUCAAGCUAGAGUACACCUACAACAGCAUCAGCAGCAGCAGCAGCAUCAUCCUCCUCCUUCUAAGGAUGACUCUCAAGGUUCUGCAGGGCAAUAGAUUUUUCUGAAUUGAGUUUGGGUAAAAAAUGUAGCAUUGUCCAGAGGCAGAGGUUUCAACGAUGGCUUCUGUGUUGUUGUAUAUAUGGAAGACGUCAGGACAUAGAUGCCUCAGAUUCAGAGCUUUCAAUAGGACCUGGAUUUUGUUUCACCCUUCUUUUUUCUGCACUGCAGUGCUCAAGUCUCCUGGAACAGAUGGAAUUGCGCUGCCAGCUAGCUUGGUUUUGGGCUUAAAACUCUUGUUUAAUUCAGAGAGGUUUUUUAAGUAUCACUAUGUGAAGCAAUCAAUUAUUUUGUUCUUCUCGAGUUCAAGGGGUGCUGAUCUUUUUGUGAGAUUGAUGCUAUAGAUUUCAUAAUCAUAUUUUCCAAAAUUUGUGAUGGAAUUCUUGCUGUAGUUCCUUAAUCGUCUGAAAGAUUCUAAUCAAUGCAUGGAACAACACUUGCAAGUUA